AUGGCAAAAGUUACAGUAAUUUUUAUUGUCUUUCUUAUGGCAUUGGCCGGACAUGUCGACGCACGCUCGGUCAGUCACUGCUACAGUUGGGGCAGUUUUAAAGGGAUCACAGGUAUAAUUGGAUAAUUGGCUAUAUAUAAUAUUGUUAUGCGUUUUAUCUGGAAAUAUUGAAAUAAGGCUUCGUUUACAAGACACUAUGAAGAAACAGGGCAUGAAGACUGAAAUUCGUUUCCGUUAUAGUGUUUGUUUACAUGAAAUUGAGGCGAAGCUAGACGAAAGCACGAUAGAAAUCUUGUUUGUUUCUUUGCCGUAUUUCGAACAUGGGAUUCUGCCAAUUCAUAAUCAAUAUCUUGCCUGAAGGGUUGUUUAUACAGCUAAUUCAAAAAAGAUUGUUCUUUGAAAACCCUAAACUCUAAAACCUUAAACUCUAAGCAUGCAAAGCAUAAUAGGAGCAUCAUUUAAUCAGUUUAGAAAUCAUAUAUGGGGCCCAUUUCUUAGAGACAUGGUAAAUAGGAAUUACUGGGAUACCAAUAAAGGUUUUAUUGCUUCCUGCAUCUAGUUUUAGAGAUAAGGAGCUAUUGUAAUGGGACACGUGGGUAUUAGCCCCGAUAAUUUGUAGUCACAUGAAUGUAAUGCGCAGGAAGCGGAUAGGAGUGGUGAUAUAAUCUACAGCAGUACCGUAUUUACUCGUUUGAGCGCCGCGGCGCUCUUUAAAUUUUCAGAGCUUCAGAUGCGGCGCUCAUUCGAGGGCGGCGCUCAAUCGGGGGCGGCGCUCCUUAAAAAAUCUUUAUUUGUGAAUUAUAUCAAGAACUUUUAACAAUAAAAUAAACAAGUUUUGAAUGUCUUUGUCACUAAAUGUCCCCAUUUUGACGGUGGAAAAUUAUUACACUGCUUAGUGCGGCGCUCAUUCGGGGGCGGCGCUCUUUAAAAAAAUUUGAUCUCAAAUGCGGCGCUCAUUCGGGGGCGGCGCUCAAUCGAGUAAAUACGGUAUGUGCAUCAGUUCAUUCCACUCUUCAAUCUGGUCGCGCAAGGUCAACUCUCUGGCUGAAGUCAAUUGAUAUCCCACCCUCCUCCCCGUUACUUGACGCAAUAUUAUUACAUAUGUAAGUUAGUUUAGUUAUUACAUUAAUUUCUAAAUGGUGGGCGUAUUUAUUACCCCACCUUUUCUGUGCGAACUUUGAAUUUAAUUAACUUCGGUUUAUAAUUUGUUAUGUUAAUAAUUAUCUCAAUGUUUUAAAAAAUUAAUAAAUCGGCAUGUGCGUUGCGCAAGACGCACAUUGCCAUAAUUAUUCCAGUUGCUGUCUGACUUGGUCAAUUGCGCAAUGUUCGCGCACAGAAAACAGAGCUAAUCGUUGCAAGAUAUCUUGCUGACAUAGUGUUAAGAAAAGAAAGCGAUAAAUCUCCUUACGAGAACAGUUCAUUCAUAAAUAGCUGCAAUAUUCAACUACUAAGCUUGAAACUUGUGCUACUUAGAGUUUAAGGUUUAGAGUUUCAAAAGGACAACCUUUUUUGAAUUGGCUGUAUACACACGGCAAUUGUGCCUCUUGCGCUUAGAGGGGUUUUGACAUUUAGAGGACAACCUUUAUAAUUACUACAUGUAACAGCAGUACGCCAGCCAAUACAGUUUCAACAUAUAACACUAUAUUCAAUUGUCGUCAUUUAAAAAUCUCACAACUUGUCAACAAGAUGUGUUCGCACUGCUUGUUCCCAGUUGUUGACAAGUCUGGAACAAGUUGUUAUCAUCUUGUGAGAAGGUUGACGAGGCCAACAGACUCGCAUGCAACAAGUUGUUCCAACAAGUCUGAUAUCGUCUGCACGAAACAAGUUGUUAACAAGUUGAUGACAACAAGCUCGUGGCAACUUGUUACGAACAGCCUGUAUUAGUCUGGUUGGAACAACUUGUAGCAAGUCUGUUACCGUCAUCAACCUUGUAACAAGAUGAUAACAACUUGUUCCAGACUUGUCACAACAACUGGGAACAGGCAGUGCGAACACAUCCUGAUAUCGACUUGACAACAACUUUGUUACAACUUGUUUGCAGAUUUGUAACAUCUAACACCAUUAAUAUACUGCGGUCAAAAUGUAUGAUGUAUGGAUUUGUAUUGCAAAGGCAUGCAUUUGUAUGGCAAAAAUUAAAAGUUCUUCACACAAAGGAAAUAGAAUUAAGAAAUGUAGUUUCAUUUUGAAGUUGACACCAUAUAUUGCCCUGUACCUACAUGAAACCAAUCGUUUUGUAUUUAUUUAUUUAUUUUUAUAUUUAACCAGGAUACACACAUCACCGAACUGCUAUUCAGUGGGGUCCUACAAUUAAAAAUUUCAAUGAUCUAUUAAUGUAUAACAUAAUUUAUCCAAUGUCAAGUGAUUUUAUCAAAUGAUUUAUAAAAUCUUUUAAAGGACAUUGGCAACCAAAAUUUUUAUUGCUUCCAUCUGAAAGAGCAUAAAAAAAUAAGCUGGUUGGCCGUUUAAUGCUCUAUUCUAUCUCAUCUAGUUCCGAAGUUAUACGCAAAAAUGUGCAAAAUAUAAAUUGCUGAUUCAGCACAACGUGUGACGUCAUAAGCUGGGUAAGUAUGUUUAUUGAAUAGUAAACUAAAGCAUAGCUGAGUUAUUAUUGGCUCAAAUCAAAUGAAAUUUUGCAUACAGAUAGUACAUGAUGAGACGCAUGGGAAAAUACUUCUAAUUUUGUUGUCAAGGCAACACAGUCGUUCCCAGGCCCCUUAAACUGAUUUUGAAUAACUAGUUGCAUUUAUCUAUGUGUAUGCCAUUUUCGAAUUAUUAUCAUGCAAGUAAACUUUCGGCAUGCAUAGGUAUGGUACACAUACUUCUGAUAUUAUUUUAACCUUAUCAAUACCAUGAAAAAAGCUUUUAUAAAAUUGGCGCAAGGGACCUGGGAACGACAUUGUUACCUUGGCAAAAAAAUUAGAAGUAUUUUCCCAUGCGUAUCAUCAUGUACUAUCUGUAUGCAAAAUUUCAUUUGAUUUGAGCCAAUAAUAACUUAGCUAUGCUUCAGUUUACUAUUCAAUAAACAUACUUACCCAACUAAUGACGUCACACAUUGUGCUGAAUCAGCAAUUUAUAUUUUGCACAUUUUUGCGUAUAACUUCGGAACUAGAUGAGAUAGAAUGGAGCAUUAAACUGCCAACUGGCUUAUUUUUUCAUGCUCUUUCAGAUGAAGCAAUAAAAAUUUUGGUUGCCAAUGUGCACCAUCAUAUUUUUGCAAUCUCUUUAAAAAACGGUCUGGCGUACAUAAUCGUUAUACUCGUAAUUGUAAAGAUAGACAAACAAAUGGUAUAUGAAGAAUAAUUGAACGAAAAAAUCAGAAAAAUCGUGAGAUAAAGAGAGACAAAGAUGAAGAAAAGGAAAAUAAUAAACGAAGGAGGAGAGUGCUAAAGACUAAAGAGCAGCCAUGUUUAUCUAUAUAUAACAUAAUCUUUUUUGCAGCGUCUUUUUAGUAAGGUUUUAAAAUUUGAUAAAGAGGUAGCGUUUCUAAUCUAUAAAAUCGUAUCGUUCCAUAUAGGCAGAGAACCUGACCCAUGUAACGAUGACACCAUAGCCUACUACAAGUUUGACCGCUCGUAUCGUGACGUGUGUUUUGGAAACAAUGGCUUUAGUGGUAACAUUUUUCAGAAAUUCUGGAAGCUGGGAAUCUCUAACGCGGCUGCGAAUUUCGCCAAUACCAAUUACCAAAUAAGGUGGGUACGGGUCUUCGAGACCAAACUUUAAAAAUUACAAAAUAGAGCAGCCCGAAUAAUUACGGCAAUUGGUUAUGUUCGUUCUGCCAUAUAAGUAUCCCAAAAAUGCAUUUUUUAUAUUUGUCUCUUUUUAUAUAGUCUCGUAGCUUGGGAAAGCUUUUAAAGCUCGAGUGUGAACGUACGAGUCGACUUUAGCCCCGUUUACACUACGCUAAAUUUUUGGAACGGCAUGCACGGAUAAAAUUGGUACCCCCGUACCAAUUUUUUGGUUCUUGUACUACCUAUUUAGGUAGCCCAAGAACCAAAAAAGUGGUACGGUACCAAAAAUCGAGCGUGUGUAAACGGGGCUUUUGUUUAAUUACCGUAUGUACUCGUUUAAGCGCCGCGGCGCUCUUUAAAUUUCCAGAGCUUUAGAUGCGGCGUUCAUUCGGGGGCGGCGCUCAAUCGGGGGCGGCGCUCUUUAAAAAAACUUUUAUUAUUAUUAUUAUUUAAAAAUAUUUUAAAACGGUAGCUCUUCAGGGCUCGUAGGCACCUGUUUUUCAAGAGGCCGUUUAUUACAGUAUUUACAAGCUAUAUAAAUAUAAUAACACAAAUAUACACACAAAAACAGAGAAAACAUAACGAACUUAAUAAUUGCAUGCACUACAUUUGUAUCUAAAAAUAUCCUAUCCUAUUUAAAUAUUUACAAAGUUACCAAAAGGAAUCAAGUGCCGUCAAGAAUACGUUUACAUUUGUUAAGGCUAAUGCCUUUUUCUUUUGCUGUAGUUGGUAAGUCAUUCCAAAGGGAUGCAGCUGAAUAACUGAAGCUCUUUUUCAUAAAAUUUGUUUCAGGUUUUCCAAGAUCAUAGUUGUUAUUGUUACUUCUUAAAUCAUAUCUGUCAUUUAUUUUAAUUUUGAACAUGUUGCAAAUUGAUGAUGGCAUUUUUUCGUUUCGUAUUCUGUGCAUAAAAAUCGAUUUGUGGGUUAUAUAACAAGAACUUUUAACAAUAAAACAAACAAGUUUUAAAAUAUUUUUGUCACCAAAUAUUCCCAGUUUGACGGCAGAAAGUUUUUAUACUUUUCAGUGCGGCGCUCAUUCGGGGGCGGCGCUUUUUAAAAUAAUUUGAUCUCAAAUGCGGCGCUUAUUCGGGGGCGGCGCUCAAUCGGGGGCGGCGUUCAAUCGAGUAAAUACGGUAUUAUGACAAGGUUGGCAAAAUCUUUAACGGAAAUUUAUUACAAAGUCUGAAUAUUUCGCAAAUUACAGGCAAAGACAAUACAUAAUUUCAAACACUGGUCAUUUUACUAUGCUUCAAUUCUAAUGCACAAGUUGCCAUAACUUUGAAUAGCUAAGAGUUGACCUCAAAAUAUGACUUGAUGUUCGCCCUUUGCGGUGAGCGGUCUUAAAAAAUUUAAACUUUAAAAUUUAAGUUUUAACUAUCUUCCAAUGAUUCAUGUGCGUAUAAAUAUGCUAAGAAAAGUGAAUGGUUAUUCUACAAUGACAUUUUCUUGGUUAUUUUAUGCGCAGUAUUCCCUCUUUAAACAGCUACGAAUGGGGCUCGACGUUCUCCAUUAGUUUAUGGUUUCAAACUGGCCAAUAUGUGACAAGGCAACAAGGUGGGCUGAUAAACAAUUUUAAUGUAACUACUACCAACGCAUCGAUCGCGAACGAAACCCAUACAGUUACUACUGGAAGUUGGGAUAUAUUCCUUAAAAAAGGCGAGAUUGAGGAACAGAGAAUAAUUGGUGCAACGAUCGUGACGUCACAUGCCAACAAAACCUGGGAUGACAUUGCUGUGAUCCGUGCGCAUCAUUGGUAUCAUUUGGCGAUGACAUACGACGGUGAAACCAUUAAUUUCUACCUCAACAAUCACCUUGUGUUAAGCGACUCCCAGUGUUGUCAUGGUGACAUCGUCAGCACACAUACCGACGUUGUGAUUGGUCGAAAUUACAAUGAAGGGAGUUUCAACGGAUAUAUUGACGAAUUGAAAUUGUUUAAAAAAGCGCUCACUUCUCAGGAGAUUACAAAGUUGUAUCAGCUAAAAGUUGUUUAA